AUGAGUGAAGAAACUAAGGAAAACGAAAAAGUAUUAGGCUCGCCAGAGAUUGUGGUAUCGAAAAGAACAAGUUUAGGUGAAGUUUCCAAUAAUAGGCUAAGUAUGCCAGGGAAAAGAGUAUCUAGUAUACCAAAACCAUCCAAUAUCCCAAGACCAAAUACUACUCCUUCAAAAGAAACAUCAUAUAUUACACAAGAUGGGUUUAGAUCACCUAUAAGUCCUUCAAGAUCUAAACAAAAUACUCCACCAUCUGGAUUAAGAAGAUUAUCAGAUUCUGGUGUCCCAACUUUAGAAAGAGGUAAAAAUUUAAUUAAACCUACAAGUUUGAAUUUUGGUCAAGCUGGUAAAAAUUUAAUAAAUCCAUAUUCUAAAAAAGAAUUGGAAAAUUUAAAAAAUCAAAUUGAUAUAAAAGAAAAAGAAUUCAGUGAUUUAACGAACAAAUUAAUGUCUUUGAAAACAUCCAAACAACAAAUUGAAGUUGAUAAUGAAACUCUAGAAGAUAAAUUAUCAACUUUAAACAAAACUUUAAGGAUUAAAAAUAAUGAAUUUGAGAAUUUGACUUUGAAAAAGCAAGAAGUUGCACAAGAUAUGAAAAGAAGUUAUGAGUUAAAAUCAAAACAAGAAAAAGUUGAUAAUGAAGAAUCUAUUUAUGAAAUUGAAAAACAAUACAAAAUGGAAGUUGAUAGAAUAUUAAAAUCAAAAGUCUCACAAAUCCAAAAUGAUAAAAAUCAAGCAUAUGAAAAAAUUUCAAAUUUAAAUAAAUCUAUACAAAAUAAUGAAUUAAAUUUCCAAAAUGAUUUAACAACUUUAAGAAAACAAUAUGAUGAUGAAAAAUUAAAGUUAAAAGAAUUUAUGGAAGAAACCAAAAAAAGUUUAGAAAAAGAUUGUAAAGAAUUAGAUCAAAGACAUAAUCAAUUAAAAGAUGAAAUUGAAUCAAUUGAAACUCAAUUUGAAUUGGAAAAUAAAUUAUUGGAAGAAUCUAAUAAUGAAUAUGAAGAAAGUUUAAAAACAACAUCUAAAGCUGAAAUUAAAUUUCAAAAUUUACAAGAUCAAAUUAAUUCAUUACAACAAUCAUUUUUAGAUAAAAAUACCCAAAUUAAAAAUUUAAAAAAAGAUACAGAAUGGAAAAUUCAACAAAAGACAAAAUUUGAUGAACAAUUAAUUAAAGAAGAAGUCAUUAGAAGGAAAUUACAUGAUAAAAUGCAAGAAUUAAAAGGUAAUAUUAGAGUUUUCUGUCGUAUUAGACCUCCAAUUAAAUCAGAAAUUGAUGAUGUUGUGGAAAUUCAAGUCCCAGAUAAUGAUGAAGAAGAACAAGAAAUUUCAAUUAAAGAUUCAAAACCAACAAGUAGUAGUAAUAAUGGUUUCAAUAAUACACCAAUGAUUCCCAAGAAAUAUAAUUUUAAAUUUGAUAGAAUUUUCACAAUGGAUUCAAAUAAUCAAGAAAUUUUUGAAGAAAUUUCACAAUUAAUUCAAAGUGCAUUAGAUGGAUUUAAUGUUUGUAUAUUUGCAUAUGGACAAACAGGAUCAGGUAAAACUUUUACAAUGUCAAAUGAAAAUGAUGGUAUGAUUCCACUUGCAGUUGAUCAAAUUUUUAAUACUUCAAAAAAUUUAAAAAAUUAUGGUUGGGAUUUUAAAUUUUUUGGUGAAUUCUUGGAAAUUUAUAAUGAGAAUAUAAAUGAUUUAUUAGGGAAUCCAAAUAAUAUUGAUAAAUCUAAAUUAGAAAUAAGGCAUGAUACCCAAAAUCAAAAAACUAUAGUUACAGAUUUAACAUCAAUUGAAUUGAAAACCCCGGAAAUGGUUAAAGAAGUUUUAAAUAAAGCUUUAAAAAAUCGUUCAAUUGCAUCAACAAAAGCAAAUGAGAGAUCUUCAAGAUCUCAUAGUGUUUUCACAAUAAAUAUUAAAGGUUUUAACAAAGAAACAAAUGAACAUAUUGAAGGUAAAUUAAAUUUAAUUGAUUUAGCAGGUUCAGAAAGAUUAUCACAUUCACAAGCAAGUGGUGAUAGAUUAAAAGAAACCCAAGCAAUUAAUAAAAGUUUAAGUUGUCUUGGAGAUGUUAUUUAUGCAUUGGGCCAAGAAUCAGCAAAACAUAUCCCAUUUAGAAAUUCAAAAUUAACUUAUUUAUUACAAUAUUCAUUAAUUGGAAAUUCUAAAACAUUAAUGUUUGUUAAUAUUUCACCUUUCAAUAAAUUUUUCAAUGAAACUUUAAAUUCAUUAAGAUUUGCAACAAAAGUUAAUAGUACGAAAUUAGGAAUUUUGAAAAAAAAUAGCAGUUCAUAA